GUCCCGAGGGGAGGAGGAAGCGGCGGCGGAUUGAAAAUGGUCUGAGGCGCUAGAGCGCGGGACGGGGCAGCGGGUGGUUUCCUGAGACCACACUUCCUUUGGGGUAUUGUAGAAAGACAGUUAUGGCUGUCCCUCACUUACAACAGCCUAGCUUCCUAUUGGCCAGUUUGAAGGCAGAUUGCAUGAACAAGCCCUUUGCUCAGAGGUGCCAUGAUCUGGAGAUAGUCAUUGAAGAUUUUCCUGCCAAGGAACUGCAUGCCAUCUUCCCAUGGCUAGUGGAGAAUAUUUUUGGUAGUCUGGAUGGCAUUAUCAUAGGUUGGAAUCUUCGCUGUUUGCACGGAAGAGCAAAUCCUACAGAGUAUGCUAUUGCCCUGGAUUUCCUGGAUCCCAGUGGCCCGAUGAUGAAGCUGGUUUACAAACUCCAAGCUGAGGAGUACAGAUAUGAAUUCCCAGUCUCCUAUCUUCCAGGCCCUGUGAAGGCUUCAAUGCAAGAGCGAGUCCUACCAGAAUGCUCACUGUACCACAACAAAGUCCAGUUCCCUCCAUCUGGAGGCCUAGGUUCGAACUUGGCCCUCAAUCCAUUUGAAUAUUACAUGUUUUACUUUGCAAUAAGCCUUAUCACACAGAGGAACUCUCCCACCACCCAUCACAUCAGCCCUUCAAACAGCGCUUACUUCAGUCUGGUGGACACAUACCUGAAAUGGUUUCUUCCCACAGAAGGAAGUGUUCUUCCUCCACCUUCUUCCAAUCCUGGGGUGGGCAUCCCUUCACCUGUUCCUAGAUCCCCAGCAGUGCCUUUCACUUCUUAUGGCAUACAUCACACUAGUCUGCUGAAACGGCACAUUGCCCAUCAGCCUUCAGUGAAUGCUGAUCCUGCUUCCCAAGAGAUCUGGAGAUCAGAAACAGUGCUUAAAGUUUUUGUUGAAAUGUGGCUUCACCAUUACUCACUGGAAAUGUAUCAGAAAAUGCAGUCCCCUCAUGUCAAGCUGGAGGUUCUCCACUACCGACUCAGUAUCUCCAGUACACACCACAGUAGUCCUGCCCAAUCCGGCUACCAGGCCCUCCACGCAUACCAAGAGUCAUUUAAACCCACAGAAGAGCAUGUGUUAGUGAUAAGACUUCUUGUGAAGCAUCUGCAUGCUUUUGCCAACAGUCUGAAACCAGAGCCUCUCUCACCCUCAGCCCAUUCCCAUACAGCCAGCCCAUUGGAGGAAUUCAAGAGAGUUGUGAUUCCUCGGUUUGUCCAGCAGAAGCUCUAUAUCUUCCUGCAGCAUUGCUUUGGUCACUGGCCUCUGGAUGCCUCUUUCAGAGCUGUCCUGGAGAUGUGGUUAAGCUACUUGCAGCCCUGGAGAUAUGCUCCUGAGAAACCACUUCAGAGUGCAGAGCUUCAGCCUCGCAGUGUAUCAGAGAAAUGGGCUCCCUUCAUUCAAGAGAACCUACUGAUGUACACCAAGCUAUUUGUAGGCUUUCUGAACCGAGCUCUCCGCACCGAUUUGGUCAGCGCUAAAAAUGCCCUGAUGGUGUUCCGAGUAGCCAAGGUCUUUGCUCAGCCCAACCUAGCUGAAAUGAUCCAGAAAGGAGAGCAGUUGUUCCUGGAGCCAGAACUUGUUAUCCCUCACCGUCAACACCGAAUUUUCAUGACCCCCACUCUUGGUGGGAACUUCUUGUCAUCAUGGCCUCCAACAAUCACAGAUGCCUCAUUUAAGGUGAAGAGUCAUGUUUACUGCCUGGAAGGACAGGAGUCCCAGUACAAGCAGAUGUUUGGUCCAGAAGUCAGAAAUUUGGUAUUAAGAUUGGCCCAGUUAAUAGGCCAGGCCCAGCAAACAGCAAAAUCCAUAUCAGACCACUCUGCAGAGACCAUGGCUAGUCAGUCCUUCCUAUCCUGGUUUAGGUUCAGCCCUUCUGACAUGAAUGGUUCCUAUACAGGAAAUGACCUAGAUGAGAUUGGGCAAGACAGCAUCAAGAAAACAGAUGAAUAUUUGGAGAAGGCACAGGAGUACCUAUGCCAGAUCUUUCGAUUGAAUGAAGCCCAGCUGACCCAAAUGAUUAUGAAUUGUGGAGCAGCUCAGGAUGAGAAUGGAAAGAAGAAACUUCCAGACUGCAUUGAGAGUGAGGAUGGACUAAUUCUUACGCCUCUUGGCAGGUAUCAGAUCAUAAAUGGCUUACGGCGGUUUGAGAUAGAAUACCAAGGAGAUACUGAUCUUCAACCCAUUAGAAGUUAUGAAAAUGCUACUCUAGUGCGACUGUUGUUCCAGUUAUCCUCAGGAAUUAAUCAAAGGUUUGCUGAUCAAAUGGAGAUUCUCUGCUCCAGGGAAGACUUUAUUGGCAGGUUGUGUCGCUAUCAUCUUACCAAUCCGUUUUUUGUAGAGAAGAGCAGGCACAGCCCAGCACUGAAACAAAGGUCAGGAUGUUCUCGGCGACCAAGGAUCAGUCUGAGAUUUCUGGCUAGCUACAGGACUCUUCUUUCUUUGUUCAUGAUAUACUUCAUUGCAUCUUGGUUCUGCAUUGGACCACUGGCCUGCACGUUCAUUAUUCUCCUUGGCUAUUUUCUUUAUGCAAUAGUAAUGACUUUCUUCACUGAAAGGUGGAAACCUCAUCAACACUAAUUUUUCCCUUCAGUGUACACUGUAAAACGAACUCUUUAAGGAUAAAAGUACAGUGCUUUGUGAUUAAAAGCCUUCAGCAAAGGAUCACUUCAAAACUUUUAAGUGUGCUUUUUUUUAUAUUAACGUUGAGCCAGAGGGAUAAGUUUGUGGUUGUAGAAGCCACUGUAAUCUAUGUAAAUUCUGUUUUGACAAACUGUCUUUUCUACACAGUUUACUGAAUGUACAGGAUGAGAGAGCCUGCUUGUGGUUUGGGGAACAGCCACCAAUGAUUAUGGAGCUGAAAUGAACAGCCCAGAGUAGCUGUGGGAAACUGCACAUAGAAACAGCUCUAGAUUUGGCAAUGUAUCCAUAGUGCAGCUUUUCACUUUUACCAUUUCAUGUGGGAAUUGGCCAUUUGAACUUCUUUCUGCAGGUUUUAUAUCAUGUUGCUGGGGAGGGGGCUUUCAGUGUGACAAAGGCAAUAGUAGCCACAAAUCAUGAGUUCUGUACACAAUGCUGAAUCCCAAAAAAUCAGUAGGACAAAAAAUAAACAAGUUUUUGGCUUAAAUUACUCAAAAGAAAUCUGGGGGAAAUAGGUAAUAAUGGUUUGGCUCAGAAAGAGGAGAAGGGAGUUGCAUCUUGUUGCCAGCUACAUAUGAUUGCUUUAAUUUGCAAAAAAUUGCAUUAUAAAUAUUUGAAAGUACCAGGAAAGGAGGAAGAGGUGGGGGCAGGAAUCCCAUAGCUUAGCACAGAGGCUAACUCUGCAUUCCCUUUUCUGAACCAAUACCUACUUGUUGUCUUCACUGGUCCCUGUCUUUUCAAAAUGAGGAACUCUGGGAGUUGAUUCUUCUACCAUUUAACUUGGCAACAACAACCCAUGAGUCAUGUGCUAAAGGAGAGAAUUUAGCAUUCAUCUAAACUAAAGUUCUAGUUUUCUGGGUAUCCCCUGCUGCCAUUGGUCCAGCAUUCCUACUGUGACUGCCAUUAGCGCCUAUGUGAAUAAAUCAGUCACUCCACACACUGUAGUAUAAAAACUAUCAAACUGUAACAUUCUGUGGUACUGACACUUGGUUGUAGAAAGGAAAUUAUAUUUUUUAACAUUUUCUCUAGAACUUGAGCUGUGACUAGAUUUUUGUCUACCCACCAUAAAAUGGGUUCCUUCUCUGCCCUCACUACUUCUUUAGCAAGUGGUCUACCUUCCCAGCAACAAACUACUUUAGAAAAGAGUCACCAACUAAACCAAAGUAAAUUGAGCUUCUUUGUUUAAACAAACAUUUUUAAGGAAUCAGUUAGUUUAACCUGCGCUUCCCUGAAAUACACUGCUGUCAGGUGCAGUUGUGGCACUUGUGGUGUAAGGGAUUAAAUACACCUUGCAGUAGUGAGAUGUAAGGAGCACGUAAUUUGCAUUAAGUGGAAUAAGUGUGUUCAGUUUUCUCUUACCUAUAUGUAUGCAUUUAAUAGAUAUGUGUUUGGAAAACAGCUAACAUUUGGCUCUAGAUUAGGAGCUUUCUAAUACAUUAGAAUUCAUAAAUUUUUGGCAGCACCCAAACUAUUUUUCCAUGUUUCCUGAUAACUGCAUUUCCAGCUUAUGUUUACCAAAUCCAGUGAACCCUUCUGUCAUCUUGUUCAAUCAAAUUUCUCUUUGUGGUACAAGUUUCUUCUUUUGAAAAUGCGUGUGUAAAUUAAAGUGCUCGCUUGAUUUAUUUUUAA